UUGUUUACUAGCGAUCUCACAGAAACAUUCAAAAUGCUUAUUAAUGCAGUAGGGUUUUAUGGCUCCCUGUGGCUAACUGCAGAUUAUGUAGAACAGAAAUUUGUGUGUAGGAAGAAGGCAUAUGACCCUUACAAGGCAGCUCGUUCUGUGACUGUUGGGGCAGGAGUAGUGGCUCCUCUUGUGUAUACAUGGAUGAAGGUUGGCGAGAGAAUACUGCCAGGAAGGUCACUCCGCACGGUGGUAACCAAAGUCUGCAUUGAUGCAUUUGUCUGUGGUCCUAUAACUCUGACAUCAUUUUAUUUAUCAUCCUCUCUGUUGGAAGGAAAGAACAUGCAGGAUUCUGUUGAUGAAUGGAAAAGAAAAUUUUUGCCAACAUUGAAGAGAGCCUGGUGUUUGUGGCCGGGUGUACAGAUGGUCAACUUCAUGUUUGUGCCCCCAACCAAGAGAGUUUACAUGAUAGGGACUGUGUCGCUGUUCUGGUCUGUGUUCCUGUGUUACAUGAAGGAUAAUUCUGUGAAACAUGGAGCAAGUACAGGUUUAGAUGAAGACUAGAAGAUGUAUAUGGGAGACGAUGUAACUGUACCUUGGGAAAAUCCAACACCGGUGAUGACAUCUUUGUCAUAUUGUAGAUCUCAGUAUUCUUUUAUCAGUAAAGUACAUGUAUAAUGAAACCUGUGUUCACCAACAGGGGACAUAGAUUAUCGGUAUGAUAUUCUGUCAAAAUAUCAAGGAAGUUAUGUACCAUCUUUACUGACAUCAGUAAGGAGCAUAACUUUUUGAUCAGGUAUAAAAGUAGUCAAUUUAUUCAGGAUACUGUCUUUACUGACAUGAGAA